AUGAAAGAGGAUAAAAUUGUAGAAGUCAGACCGAAGGAUUCAUUUUCAGAGGGAAAUUUGAAGGCCUCGUGUCUUAUUUGCAUGGGAGAAUUCUAUGAAAUCAAGGAGGACACAGAUGUUGUUGUUGACGGUGUUGGCUCGUUGGUUGUCGAUAUUUUGAGGGGAUUUUUCGCUUGUGCUAAAGAGGUCAAAACAAUGCGAGAGAACAAGAAAGCCAGAGAAUACGGACAAGAACCUCAAACCAGAACAACAAUGGUCAACAACGACGACUACGGAGAGCCAUUCAAUCCUCAAACUAGAGCUCAUGAAGUGAAGCUCGAUUGCAAAGGGAAAAAUGUCAAUAUCAGCCGCGUCACGAUUGUAAGUAUCAACGUAAACAAUCAGGAAGAUCUGGAGAAGCUUGGCUUUGAUCAGCUGCAGCAAAAUUAUGACGGGCAAAAUGGAUCCAAGUUAAGAAAGACAGUCGAAGAAAAUGUUCACAAGGAAAGGGCUUGA